AUGUCGAGUCUCACCGACCCAAACAAUGACCCAAAUGUCGGUUCCUCGCGAGGGGAUUCGUCGUCAACCUCGGGCGAUAUCGCCAGCGGUCUCACUGGCAGUGGAAGUUCGUCGUCCUCGGCGCUAUUAAUGACUUUCCUUCCUGCUUUCAUAUACGCACUCUUCUGGGUUGGUCUAUUUUUGAUUUUUCGACGAACGCAACGACGGUGGUACGCACCAAGAUCUCAUAUACCCGAUUUACAUGACCACCAAAGGAGUCCCGAAUUACCCUCAGGUUGGGUCAACUGGGUGGGUGACUUUUUGAAAAUCGAAGACAAUCAUGUUUUGCACCACUCAUCUCUUGAUGGCUAUCUGUUUUUACGAUUUCUGCGGGUUUUAUGUGCUAUAUGUUUCAUGGGUUGUGUGCUUACAUGGCCCAUUCUGUUUCCAAUCCACGCUACCGGCGGGAAUGGUAACACGCAGCUGGACGUUCUCAGUUUCAGCAAUGUUAAAAAUCCGACUAAAUACUACGCCAAUGUUAUCGUCGCAUGUGUCUACUUCACCUUUGUUUUUUACGUCGUUGUGCGGGAGAGUUUAUACUACGCAAAUCUGCGCCAGGUCUAUCUGAACUCCCCGGCAUACGCCUCCCGGAUGUCAUCACGGACUGUGCUCUUCAUGAACGUGCCACCAGAUUACAGGAACGAAAAGAAGCUUCGAAGCGUCUUUGGUAACGCGAUCCAACAAAUUUGGAUCACGUCCAAUUGCAAGGAAUUGGCCGACUUGGUCGAUAAGCGUGACAAAUACGCCUACAAAUUGGAGGCUGCUGAAACAAAACUAAUUCGACGCGCAAACAAGGCGCGCAUGCAAGCUAUCAAAAAGGGCGAGUUUUCUGCCGAGACUUGCUUGGACUGCGAGUCCAGUAACCCUGCAUGGUCCCAGAAGGUCAAGCGGCCUACGCACAAGCUGAAGAUACUUUUCGGCAAGAAGGUUGAUUCCAUCCACUAUUACCGUGAGGAACUGGCUAGAGUCUCAGAGGAGGUUCUCUCUCUUCAGCUAAAACAUCAGGAAGGCGAUGCUAAACAGCUCUCUGCGGUUUUCAUUGAAUUCAACACGCAAAAUGAUGCCCAGGUUGCCUUGCAGACUCUAUCUCAUCACCAGCCGUACCACAUGACUCCACGCUAUAUUGGAGUCUCUCCCUCAGAAGUCGUCUGGUCGGCGUUAAAUAUCAGCUGGAAACAACGUGUAGUUCGCAGAUUCGCCGUUCAGGGCUUCCUAGCAGUGAUGGUCAUCUUCUGGUCGUUCCCUGCUGCUAUCGUGGGAACAAUCUCAAACAUCACUUAUCUUUGCCAAAUCAUCCCGUUCUUGGGAUUCAUCUUGAAACUGCCUAGUUUCGUCAAGGGUGCCAUUGAAGGUCUGCUACCAUCAGCAGCUCUUGCACUGUUGAUGUCCUUGGUUCCAAUUAUCUGCAGAAUCUGCGCCAGACGAUCCGGUGUCCCGUCUCUGUCACGGGUUGAAUUAUUCACUCAAAGUGCUGUCUUCGUGUUCCAAGUGGUACAGGUAUUCCUAGUGACGACCUUGACAUCGGCAGCAUCAGCAGCAACGGCACAGAUCAUCAAAAAUCCCUUGUCAAUCAAGGACCUCCUGGCAAAGAAUUUGCCCAAGGCAACAAACUUCUACAUCUCCUACUUCCUCCUUCAAGGACUGAGCAUGAGCUCAAUGGCAUUAGUGCAGAUCGCCAGUGCCCUAAUCUUCCGAAUUGUAAACAAGUUCUUCGCCCAUUCUCCUCGUCGAUUGUACAAUAAAUGGGCGCAACUUGCCACUCUCAGCUGGGGAAGUGUCUUCCCUGUUUUUACCAAUAUGGGUGUAAUCGCAUUAACAUACUCAUGCAUCGCACCCUUAAUCCUCGGUUUCUCUUUCAUUGGCCUAUACCUGGUCUACCAAGCCUACCGAUACAACUUCUUCUUCGUCUACGACAUCGAAAUCGACACAAAAGGCCUAGUCUACCCACGGGCACUCCAACACCUCCUAACAGGCCUUUACAUAGCCGAGGUAUGCAUGAUUGGUCUCUGCGCAAUCAAAGGCGCAAUUGGCCCAGUUAUCAUAAUGGCCAUAUUCCUCGUCGUCAACAUCCUAGCGCACAUCUCGCUAAACGAAGCCUUAACACCAUUGAACAGCUUCCUUCCCCGAUCUCUAGACGCAGAGGAAGAACAUCUUCAGGAAAAAGAGAUUAUCCGGAACGAGAUCAACGAACAGCGUCGCUCACGCAGUCUUGCGUUUUGGAGAUGGUUCCAUCCAAAUAUCUACAAGGAUUACGCUGCGCUGAGACGCAAAGUGCGGAAGAAUCUUGACGAGGUUUCUUAUUCGCCUGAGGAGUUGAGGACGGCGUAUUGGGAGCCUUGUAUUGCAUCUCCUGCGCCUACGCUGUGGAUCCCAAGGGAUAAGUUUGGGUUUAGUCGGCAUGAGGUAAUGGAGACGGAUUCGAUUAUUAGUAUCACGGAUGAGGGGGCGCAUCUUGAUGGGAAGAAUAGGAUUAUUUGGGAUAAGUAUGAUCCGACUCUUCCGUUAAGAGAACGGAAGAUUUUGUAUUAG